GGUCCCACCCUACUGGUUAGCUGUCCGAGGUAGUGCCUGUGCGCGUUCCUGUGGGAAUGUGUGUACCUAGGCCAUUCGGGCCCUUCCUUUAUCUGCAUAAAACAAGUUAAAAAGUGUUUUAUCCUCCUCUCAUCCUCCUUGUCUUAUUAGUUGGCGAGCAAUAGGGUUGAAACAAGGCUGCUGUUUGUUGGCCUCACCUGCCCUAGCCUAACGUGAGGACCCUUGACCUCUGGCCCAAGAUGGUGGCGCCCAGAGCUUCGCUCUUGCUGCUCACCUGAGGUGAACUGAAGCCAGCAGCCCCGCAUCAUGUCAAAGCUCGGCCGGGCCGCCCGGGGCCUCAGGAAGCCCGAGGUCGGCGGUGUGAUCCGGGCGAUCGUGCGGGCAGGCCUGGCCAUGCCCGGGCCCCCACUAGGCCCAGUGCUGGGUCAGAGAGGCGUUUCCAUCAACCAGUUUUGCAAGGAGUUCAAUGAGAGGACAAAGGACAUCAAGGAAGGCAUUCCUCUGCCUACCAAGAUUUUAGUGAAGCCUGACAGGACAUUUGAAAUUAAGAUUGGACAGCCCACUGUUUCCUACUUCCUGAAGGCAGCAGCUGGGAUUGAAAAGGGGGCCCGGCAAACAGGGAAAGAGGUGGCAGGCCUGGUGACCUUGAAGCAUGUGUAUGAGAUUGCCCGCAUCAAAGCUCAGGAUGAGGCAUUCGCCCUGCAGGACGUACCCCUGUCGUCUGUUGUCCGCUCCAUCAUCGGGUCUGCCCGUUCUCUGGGCAUUCGCGUGGUGAAGGACCUCAGUUCAGAAGAGCUUGCAGCUUUCCAGAAGGAACGAGCCAUCUUCCUGGCUGCUCAGAAGGAGGCAGAUUUGGCCGCCCAAGAAGAAGCUGCCAAGAAGUGACCCUUGCCCCACCAACUCCCAGAUUUCAAAGGAGGCAGUUGCAAAAGCUGUGCCCAAGGGGAGGAAGAAGGUCACACCAAUAUGAUGAUGGUUUUCAUGACUUUGAAUGAUAUAUUUUUGUACAUCUAGCUGUAUCGAGGCAUCAGGCCUGAAUAAACAUCCUUUCUUA